CAUGCAUGUGUUUGAUUUGAAGCCUAUGACAGAUCCUUUGUAUUUGGUAUGCUGCAAUUCUUGUAAGAAGCCAGUCAAGGUCAGCCAAUAUGUUGCCCAUGCAGAAAUCUGCAGAUCUUUAAGUUCUACUCAAGAAAUUAUGGCAGAACAUGAUAACAAUGGAUGCCGAAAACCUCCAAAGAAGGAAAGGAAGAAGACAACAAGUUCUCUUGCUAACCUAGAAAACCAUACAUCAUCCAGUUUAGAGCAAGUACGAUUUGGAUCUGCUGUAACUGAUAAUGUUGCUUUGUCAGAACAUGUUCAUGGAAACACUCUUGGUGUGAACAAUGCAUAUGUCAUGGACAAUUCUGGGAAUAGAGAUUACUCAACAGGUUCCAUGCCACCACCUUCUACAAAACGGUCCAGAUUGGUAGCAUCCAAUGUCUCACCAAUAUCAAAUCAUUUAGCACCUGUACCUGCACCUGCACCUGCACCUGCACCUGCACCUGAACCUGAACCUGCACCUGCACCUGCACCUGCAACUGCAACUGCAACUGCAACUGCAACUGCAACUGAACCUGCACCUGCACCUGCACCUGCACCUGCACCUGCACCUGCACCUGUAACUGCAACUGGUGUUUACAGGAGUGCCCAUGAUCAAGAGAAUCUUGCUUGCAGGGAGCUGGCAAAAGGAUCGAGUGGAGGAACUAAGGCUCUUGUUCCAUAUCAAAAUAUGAAUCAAGAACGUUUUUGUUACUUACCAUCAAAGGGUGCUCCUGCCCCUUUAGCAACCAAAGUGUUCUACUCUCAAAGGAACAAUCGUCUACAGUUAGCAAUGGACCAACUUUAUUAUGAGUCAUCAGCUAAGGAACACUUCUCCGAGACAGUGGAUCCAACAGCACUUCCUGGAAAUUCAAUGAUGAUGUCACAUACUUCAUCCCUUAGGAACUCCACCAACCAAAUAAAUGAUGAACAUGAUAAGGAACAGGUAGAGAAAUGUCCCCUGGCUUCUAUGCAAACUACACCUGAUCAUAAUGUGAAUAAUAUGUCAAUACAUGAAGCAGAACCCAAUGGACUGAUGAUCAGCAGUAGAUAUAAUAUACCAAACAACCCUUAUUCUUUUGCAGGCAAAUCUGAGGCACAGCUAGGCAACGCGCAGCAGUCUAAAAGAGGAAGGCUUCCGGUUAUUUAGUCUGAAGUUGUUCUGAAAUUUUGGUAGGUUAAUUUUUUGUGGCCAACAAUCUGCCUGGAAAAUGAACAGGAUAUAGCGGAGAUUUGGAUUAGUAAAUGAACAAACGAAUCCGAAAAAGUGUUUGGUUUAGUAUCGAUAUAUUAUGUGAUUGAAUCCCAAAGUUGUACUACAAUUUCAGAUUAUUUCCCCAAAUUUAAAAUACUACAUAAUUUAUUUAUUUUUUAUCACUUAAACCAAGCAGUCAUGUGUGGAUGGAUUAUGGAUAAAUACAAGUGGAGACAAUCAUUUGUGAUUUCUAGUUAA